AUGUUGCCCUCCGACGAACUACACGGACCUCCUCUUCCUGACUGCGGAAAAACCCUCCACGAGGUGUUUUAUCAGAACGUCAUAGAAUACCCUGAUGUCACAGCUCUUGUCAGUACCCAGCAAGCUUCUACUCUCUACGGAAUCCAAAACUUGCCCAGUGCCAGUGCCGAGCAUGAAGUGGACUAUCUACGAUGGACUUACCAGGACCUCGAUCGCGCUAUACGGCGAUUUGUCAUUAGCUUACAACGUCGAGGCCUGAAAAGAGGUGAUCCAUUGGUUAUAUUCAUGCCAAACACCGCCGAAUAUGUCAUCGCCACUUGGGCUGCGUACCAGAUCGGCUGCGCUUACGUUCCAAUCAAUCCCAGGGGUCUAUCCAAUGACAGGGAAAUGCGGCAUAUGUUACAAACUGCAACAAAGGGAUGUCAGUCUGAUUUCAUGGCCAUCAUUGCUGGAACAUCCGAUAUGUGUACGCGUAUUGAAGAGUUGACGUCCGAGUUCAAUUGCAUCAGGAUAUUGGUCGAAGGAGACGUGGAUGGGUGGACACCGUUCAAGGAGCUGAUGCACGAUCCAGCUCCGGAGUUGCAGCAAAGCCUUCGCCAAGAUUAUCACUCAAAACACCUCGAUCGAACAAUAUUUUUCACCAGUGGAACGACGUCUCUCCCAAAAGGUUGCAAUAUGCCAUCGGCGUAUGGGUUUGCGGCCGCCUCAUGGUGGCGCCAAAGCAGUGUUCCUAUGAUGCCUGGGGAUCGGGUCUUAUUUACAUUGCCAAACAACCACGGGUUUGGCUGGCUUUGUAUUAUGUCUCCAUUCCUCAAUGCAGCCACUGUUGUGCUCCCAGGGCCUAGGUUCAUUGCAGAGGAUGUGAUAAAGGCUAUCCAGGUGGAGCGAGUGAACCACGCUGGAUUGGUGCCCACUAUGGUGCAUUCCCUGGGCAAUACCUCACUUGGAACUGAAAAGUUGAGCUCCCUUCGGCGAAUUGUCAUGGGAGGCUCUCCCCCAACCGGAGAGGUCAUCAGAAUCUGCCUCGACACCUUAGGUGCGUCUGGGGUGGAAAAUCUCUACGGUAUGACAGAAGGUAUUCUUGUGGCUUCUGGCGUCGUGAGCCAGGUCAGUGAUCUUAUCAAAGACGGAGAUGUUUCCAUCGGCACGCCACUACCUGGGAUGUCUGUCCGCAUAUAUACCAAGGACAGUAAGAUGCUAGCUCGGGCUGGAGAGGCUGGCGAGAUGCACUUCUCAGGUCCAAGUCUGAUCAAGGGAUAUAUCGGAGGAAUCGAUGGUAACUUUUACCACGGGGCAGAUGGUUGUCCUUGGUUCCGUACUGGUGAUAAAGCCUUCAUUGGUAGCGACAAUCGUCUCUACCUGAUUGGGAGGUACAAAGACACCAUCAUUCGGGGAGGGGAGAACAUUGAACCAUCGGCCAUCGAAGCGGUUCUGGGUCAGAUUCCCGGAAUCAGUGUGUUUUACCCUCAGGUUGUACGUGCACCGGACAGUGUUGCCGGCGAAGUUCCUGUUGUCGUUGUGAACCAGGAAGUUGAUGAUUACACGGCAAAUACAAUCAAGGACACCGUCUUGGCGCAGAUGGGAGAUCUUUAUGUUCCGGCAGAUGUGAUAUCGAUCCAGACACUGGACCAUGAAGAGUAUCCAAGAACGAUGGCCGGAAAGGUCCAGAAGACCAAACUGGAAGAUCUGGUCAGGGUGUACUGGGAACACCAGCAUACACAGGACGAUUACAGAAUCGAUGGGCCCAUUUCAGGCCACCAGGUGAUGGAAUCCUUAUGCGUGGCAAUUGAAAAAGAGAAAAGGAUCUCCAUUAAUCUCUCACUUCCCAUGAUUGAACUGGGAGUUGAUUCAAUUUCAUCCAUCGCAAUUCUCAAGCGCGUCCAGGUCGAAACAGGCGUAUCGUUACCAUCAUCUCUGUUCUUCACCCAGGCCACAGUCAGCGCAAUCUGCCAACAGAUAAUAUCUAUCUCAGAUGCAGCAGAUUUUAUUCGUUUUACACCCCUGAUGGAGGACGGACCUCGCAAUCUGUGCUUUUCGGUCCUCCUCCAGGGGACCCCGAGAGCAGGCGUUCCAUCCCUUUUCCUCGCCCCUCCAGGCUCGGGAAAUGCUUUCGUGUACAGAACACUACCUAAGUUCUUCAACGACUAUGCAGUCUACAGCUUUGGCUCUCCAUUCCUCAUGACCAAAUCGGAAUCUUCUUGGACGAUAGAAGAAACCGCCACCAUUUAUGCAAACACUAUCCUCAGCAUUGAUCCCUUUGGCCCAUAUAUACUGUGUGGCUGGUCAAUGGGAACAGCCACGGCAUAUGAGACCGCAUACCAGCUUCACGAACGGGGCAAGCAAGUUCUGGGAAUAAUCAUGCUGGACUUGGCAUUGCCUCGGCAACCCUCCAUGAUCCCGGAGGCAACCGUCGACCUGUUUGAAAUGAUGGGCGUGUUCCCCCCAAUUCGUCGCGAAGGAAAGCCCGACGUGGAGGUUCCUGCUUUUCGAAAGAAGCAUCGAGUCGCAGCUUAUCACGCGAAAAUGAGAUAUGUGCCUCGUCCCUUCAACACAGGAAAUGCAAGCCGACCGCGGAUAUUUGUCAUCUGGGCCGGGCAUGGCGACCAUGACAGAAUGGGAGACAUGGUGAUCGAAGCAAUCGAUCUUGCGAAGAAAGAAGGACCAGAGACAAAGCUGAAGCUUAGCGAUGACUGGCUUCAAGCCCCGCGUGAAUGUUUUGAUGCUGGUGGCUGGGACGAAAUGGUUGGACCAGAGUAUGUGGAGUGGGCCAUUGUUGAUGAUGCAGAUCAUGACACGCUUAUAGAGUCAGAAGAACUGGUUGUUUUGACGAAGGGCUUGAUGGAAAAGGCAGUGGAUAAAUGGGUGCGAGAAAUGGAGACUAGGCCCAACGGUUCAGGUUGA